ACUCAGAUCCGGGGGCUUGUUUAAUUCUCUCCCGCCUUCACUCAGCUUCAGUCAACCCGUCCUGAAUAAAGCAGGUCACUAGGCGUCCCUGUUUUGAAGUUACCCGCGGAAUCUGCCGUCCAAGGUGGAUAGAAGAUUGUUGUAGCGGCAGUGCUUCGGAAAACUUUUUCAGAGAUGUCUAAAAGGAAACAUAGGUCCUCAGAUGAGAGUAAUCACAAAAGAGCCAGGUCUGAACAAGUGGACGAUGAUUCAGAGGAUGAGGAGGAAAUGGUUGGACCAAGUCAAGCCACCCUCACGACAGCCCCUUCAGUAAAGACCUGUGGGGAAGUGGGGUUAGUUGAAAGCAUUUCCCUGAGAAACUUCAUGUGUCACUCUUUGCUGGGGCCUUUUUCUUUUGGAGACAAUGUAAAUUUUGUCAUUGGAAACAAUGGAAGUGGAAAGAGUGCAAUUCUCACAGCUCUCAUCGUUGGACUGGGAGGAAAAGCAACAACAACAAACAGGGGGUCCUCUGUGAAAGGAUUUGUGAAGGAAGGAGAAAGCUCAGCAGAUGUCUGCAUUAAAUUACGCAACCGAGGGCAAGAUGCGUAUAAGCCUGAGGUGUUUGGCCCAUCCAUUAACGUGGAGCUCAGGAUUUCCAGUGAAGGGCUGCGAACGUAUAAGCUUAAGAGCAAAACAGGCCAGGUUGUGUCCACGAAAAAGGAGGAGCUUGUUUCAAUUCUUGAUCACUUCAAUAUUCAGGUGGAUAAUCCAGUGUCCAUAUUGACUCAAGAAAUGAGUAAGCAUUUUUUGCACUCUAAAGGAGAAGGAGAUAAAUACAAGUUCUUCAUGAAAGCAACGCAGCUGGAGCAAAUGAAAGAAGAUUACACCUACAUUAUGAAGACAAAGACUGUCACCAAGAAUACGAUUGAGAAGCAUGAAGAGUGCUUGGAAGUCUUGAAACGGAAGUUUCUGGAAAAAGAAGACAAGUACAAAAGUCUGGCUUCCCUGGAUGAGAUGCAUGCCAAACUACAGGAACUGAAAAACCAGAUGGCAUGGGCUUUGGUGGCUGAAAUGAAAAAAGAAGUGAAACCACUGAGGGAGCGAAUCACUGGAGAAGAGAAGGGUACCAUCAAAUAUGACCAGAAAGUAGAGGAGUGGAAGGCUAAAGUGGUGGAGGCAGAGCAGAAGUACAAGCAGAUCCAUGAUCAGCUGGAGAGCAUCUCUGAGCGUGUGCAGCAGCUGCAGCCACAGUGCAUAGAGCUUAAGAGCCAGGCACAGGAGUGUAGCAAAGCAUACAAAGCAGCCGAGACCAGUGUCCAUCGCAUCAAGACCAAUUUGAGAGACCUGGAGAAGGACAAAGAACAGCUCACGAAGCGGAUCAGUGAACUCAAGCACAGUAUCAGCCAGUCCAGGGCCGCAGACACCCAGGAGCGGGUGGAGAGGAUCAGCAGGCUGCAGGCGGAGCUGGAGGCUCUGAACCACCAGGACUCCACCCUCAACCAGCAAAUCGACCAGUUCCAGCAGGUGGUGGCCAGACGCCGAGAGGAGCUGGCCAGGAUUGAGCGGGAAAAGCAGGAACUGUCCAGUUCCAUGGACCUCAAGCGGCGCGCGUUGAAGAGCAUGCAGGCUAGUAGGACUGACAGAAUCAGGCGCUUCGGAGACCAAAUGCCCAACCUGCUGGCUGCCAUCGAUGAGGCCUACGGGAGGGGCCAGUUCAAAAAGAAGCCCGUCGGGCCGCUGGGCUACUGCAUCCGCCUGAAUGACCCGGAGCUGGCCGUGGCUGUGGAGAGCUGUCUAAAGGGACUGAUGAUGGCCUUCUGCUGCGAUAACUACCACGACGAGAGGACCCUGCAGGGCCUCAUGUCCCGGCAUUACAACAACCUCAAGAGGCCCCAAAUCAUUGUCAGCGAAUUCUCCAACGCCAUGUAUAACAUCAGUGAGAAAGCUGUCCAACAUCCAGAAUAUCCCACUGUGCUACAGGCUCUAGAAGUCCAAGAUCCAGUGGUGGCCAACUGCCUGAUUGACAUGAGAGGGAUUGAAACAAUUUUGCUAAUUAAGAACAAUCGAGACGCCCGUCAGGUGAUGCAGCAAGGACAGCCUCCGAGAAACUGCCGAGAGGCGUUUACGAUGGAUGGAGACCAGGUGUAUGCAAACCGCUACUACUCCAGCGACCACCAGAGGGCGCCUCUUCUGAGCAGGGAUGUGGAGGAAGAGAUAAGACACCUGGAGACUGAGCUCGCGAAUGAGACAACUCAGGUGGAGCAUUUCCGGCGGCAAGUUCAGGUGGUGCAGGGCGAUAUCCAGCAGAACAAUGCCUUGCUGAAGAGAGCGCACGAGGAGAGGAAGAGGGCGCAGGACAAGUCCCGCAAACUCCGGCUGGAAAUCGGUGAUCUCCAGAACGUGGAAGAACCUCAGUCUGAAGACCUCAGACCUCUUGAGGAGGAGCUGCAAGAGAUCUGCGAGAAGAUUGUUGUGGCUCGGGGGGAGAGCGAAGCUGCCCGGCAGCGGGCAAGCCAGCUGAAGAAAACCUCGGAGGAGGCGGAGACGAAAUACCGGCAGCACAAAGACAGCAUCAGCAGCAUCACUGAAGAAGCUGACCCCAUCAAGGAUGAGCUGAGUAAAAGUGACCAAGAAGUGGAGAAAAGCAAACAUCACAAAAGGCACUACGAGGAGAAACGCAGGGCCCACAUUGACGGGAUUCAGAAGCAGAAAGCCGACCUGAACACCAAAGAGAGAGAGCUCAUGGAGGCCAUUGAGAAAGCCACAGCAAUCUGCCCUGAGCUGGAGGUAAGGAGAACGGCAAAGAGUCUGGACAAUGAGAUCAGCCGCCUGAGACAGAAGAUCAGCACGCAGCAGAAUCAGCAUGGAGACCGGGACGAGAUCCUCAGGCAGUACCAGGAGGCUCUGGAGAACUACAAGAACGUUGCAUUGCAGGUUAAGAAUCUGAAGAAGUUCACCGAACUCCUGAGCAAGAUCAUGAACGACCGACACAGAGUGUAUACAGAGUUGAGAAUGUACCUUUCCGUGCGCUGCAAGUACUACUUCGACUCUAUGCUGUCACAGCGCGGGUACACUGGGAAAAUGACCUUCGACCACAAGAACGAGACUCUGGCCAUCUCAGUGCAGCCAGGAGAGGGCGACAAAGCAGCCCUUAAUGACAUGCGAUCUCUGUCAGGGGGGGAGCGCUCGUUCUCCACCGUGUGUUUUGUGUUGUCGCUCUGGGCCAUUGCCGAGGCCCCCUUCCGAUGUCUGGACGAGUUUGACGUCUACAUGGAUAUGGUCAACCGGAAAAUAUCCCUCGACAUGAUGCUUAGGAUCGCCACUAACCAACGUUUCCGACAGUUCAUUUUUCUCACCCCUCAGAACACGAGCUCCCUCCCACUCAGCAGCCUGAUCCGGGUUCAUCAGCUGAAGGAUCCAGACCGCACCCAGACUGUGCUGCCCUUCGGCCAAGGGAACCGAGAGGAGGCGGAGGGAUGAGGUAGAGCACGUUCCUGUUCCCAGGCUCCGUUACCCAAUCAGCACCCUGACCAAGGGAGUCAUGCCAUUUUACGGACUAGGAGAUGCAAAGCCAAAAACGAAAAAAAUAAAGCUUGGAUAAUGAAAGAUUGUUAAAUGGCCCACAUUUUAGUUCUGUGGAAGGAUAUUUUCAUUUAGAAAAGUAAGAUGUCUCUGAGAAGAAAUGUCACAGUCACAAAACAUUUGAAUUCUUUUUCUAAUAACCAGUCAGAUUUAUACUUUUAAUAUGUUAGCUUUGUUUUAAGCUGUUUAAAUUAUUGAGUUCAAUCAGAAACUUAUUAUAAAUGGUGGGUGACUCUUUCUAUCCAGGUAAUUUUGUCAUAUUUUAGUUCCUGGGGGAGAGGAGGAUCAUCCACUUUUUUGUAGUCUGCGUGGUAUACUAAAAUUGAAUUCUUACAUAAAGUUUACAUAUGAAAAUUUUGCUGUUAAAUAUAUGUGCAAUUAUUGAUUACAAGUUUGAAGUGAAGCAAGUGUUUAUUCUGUAAUAAUUAGCAGUGUAAAACUUCCUUUUUUACUUUUGUAUGUUGAAGACAUUUUUUUUCUGUGUCCGAAAGUAAACAUUUGACUUCCUAAAAUAAAUAUACUUUUCUGCUGCUAAA